CAGUGAAACCCCGUUUCACAAGUUUCCUUCUAUUCUCUCUCUCAUUUCUUUGAUAAAAAACUCAGCACAUUCGACUACUUAACUCACCUUCUCGCCUUUCGUACCUUCCGUCUUCUUCCUUCUUUCUCCGCCUCGCUCAUUUCUGCGCGCAAGCUUCGUCAAUGGCGGAUUCAGGCAACAAUGGCGCCCAAACACUACGAGUGAGUGUGAAAUGGGGAAAAAAGAUGUUUCCAGAGGUGGAAAUUGACACUAGUCAACCCCCUUAUGUUUUCAAGGUUCAAUUGUAUGAUCUAACUGGAGUGCCACCUGAAAGGCAGAAAAUUAUGGCAAAAGGUGGUUUAUUGAAGGAUGAUGCUGAAUGGGCAAAUGUCGGAGUAAAAGAGGGUCAAAGAUUAAUGAUGAUGGGAACUGCAGAUGAGAUAGUAAAAGCUCCUGAGAAAGGACCAAUUUUUGUAGAGGAUUUGCCUGAGGAAGAACAAGUGGCCGCUGUGGGGCAUUCUGCUGGUCUUUUCAACUUAGGAAAUACAUGUUACAUGAACUCCACAGUUCAAUGCCUGCAUUCAGUUCCUGAGCUGAAGUCUGCACUAUUGGAGUAUUCACAGUCUGGCCGGACUAAUGAACUAGAUCAAACUUCACAUCUUUUGACUGUUGCAACCAAAGAUUUAUUCAACGAGCUUGAUAAAAAUGUCAAGCCAGUGGCACCUAUGCAAUUCUGGAUGGUAUUGCGUAAAAAGUUCCCUCAGUUUGGCCAGCUGCACAAUGGUUCUUUUAUGCAACAGGAUGCAGAGGAAUGCUGGACACAGCUUUUGUACACACUCUCUCAGUCUCUUACGUCAUCUAAUAGUGAGAAUGUCAGUGCUGUGAAGCGUCUAUUCGGCAUUGAGCUUGCUAGCAGGGUGUAUUGUCAAGAAAGUGGUGAAGAAAGUACAGAAACAGAAACAACUUUUGCUCUAAAAUGUCACAUAUCCCAUGAAGUGAACCAUUUGCAUGAGGGGCUAAAGCAUGGUUUGAAAUCUGAACUCGAGAAAAACUCGCCUGCAUUGGGCCAUAGUGCACUCUACUUGAAGGAGUCACGUAUCAGUGGUCUACCCAGGUAUUUGACCAUUCAGUUUGUCCGUUUCUUCUGGAAGAGAGAGUCAAAUCAGAAAGCAAAGAUUUUGAGGAAAGUUGAUUAUCCUUUAGAGCUGGAUAUUUUCGAUUUGUGCUCAGAUGAACUCAAAAAGAAGCUAGAAGUUCCUCGUCAGGUUCUUAGAGAUGAAGAGGGUAAAAAAUUAGGUCUGAAACCUAAAGAAAAAAGCUCUAGUUCCCAGGACAAUGAUGUGAAGAUGGUUGAUGCAGAGGAUUCGUCAAAUGGGAGUGGUGAAUCGUCUACAGGAACUUCUCAAGAAGCUAUUCCAUCUGAGAAGGAGAUGCAUUUGACUGGAGUUUAUGAUUUAGUUGCUGUGUUAACUCACAAGGGUAGAAGUGCUGAUUCAGGGCACUAUGUUGGUUGGGUGAAGCAAGAUAAUGGAAAGUGGAUUGAGUAUGAUGACGACAAUCCAAUUCCCCAACGAGAAGAAGACAUUGUGAAACUCUCUGGGGGAGGUGAUUGGCAUAUGGCAUACAUAUGCAUGUACAAGGCUAGAGCUACGCCAAUGUAAUUCAAGUUUCAUGAGUGAUAUUUUUUAUACAAAUUAUAGAUAUUCUUUUCGCGUUUAUGGAUGUGGUUCUAUAGACUCUCGAAGGAAUAUUUUUUUUUCUCCACUUUUACACUAUUAUUAUGCUUGGUGAGCUCUGUUAUUUCACCUAAAUUUGUUGUUUCUUUGUAUGUCUAUCCCAUUGUCUCCAUGAAUAUCCAUAUUUUCUAGUAGUGUUUUAAAUUUCAGUGUAGCUAAUUCUGGUGCG